AGGAGGUGGGAAGGGGGGAGUGGGAGGCUGAUGGGGAGGGAUGCAGCCCAUCGGCAGGCGAGCUGCAGGGUGGGCAGCCGGAGGGGCGGCUUCCAGGGAGGUUAUAAAGGCAGGAGAGGGUCUCUGAGCGAAGCGGGGGGAGUGAAGGUACCUACCACCUCCGUGCGGCCCCGGUACGAAGCCCCGAGGAUUUUGCAGCCCCGACGGCAGAAGGAGCCCAGCAGAAGCGAGGAGUGCUGCCGGCCAUGCCCCGGGGAGCUGGGCGCAGAGAGAGUUAAGGAUGGUGCCCAGCCUGCGUCCUGCCCUCCUCCUCCUCCUCUUCCUCCUACAGGCUUUUCUCCUCUGGGAUAGCCCAGUGGCAGCCUCCAUCCAAGAGCAGUACUGCGAGAGCCUGCCGCCCGCCACCAACCACACAGGGCCCCAGUGCAACGCCUCCGUAGACCUGAUUGGCACGUGCUGGCCCCGGAGCGCAGUGGGACAGCUGGUGGCUCGUCCUUGCCCCGAAUAUUUCUACGGUGUGCGGUACAACACCACAAACAAUGGCUACAGGGAGUGCCUCGCUAACGGGAGCUGGGCUGCACGGGUUAACUACUCCCAGUGCCAGGAGAUCCUCAGUGAGGAGAAGAAAAGCAAGCUGCACUAUCACGUCGCUGUCAUCAUCAACUACCUGGGACACUGCGUCUCCCUCGGGGCCCUCCUUGUGGCCUUCGUCCUCUUCAUGCGCCUGCGGAGCAUUCGGUGCCUGAGGAACAUCAUCCACUGGAACCUGAUCACAGCCUUCAUCCUACGCAACGCCACGUGGUUCGUGGUGCAGUUCACGAUGAACCCAGAGGUGCAAGAAAGCAACGGGGCGUGGUGCCGCGUGGUCACUGCCGCCUACAAUUACUUCCACGUCACCAACUUCUUCUGGAUGUUCGGCGAGGGCUGCUACCUGCACACGGCUAUUGUGCUCACCUACUCCACCGACAAGCUCCGCAAGUGGAUGUUCAUCUGCAUCGGCUGGUGUAUUCCUUUUCCCAUCAUCGUCGCCUGGGCCAUCGGGAAGCUGUACUACGACGACGAGAAGUGCUGGUUUGGGAAGCGAGCAGGAGUUUACACUGAUUAUAUCUACCAAGGUCCCAUGAUCCUGGUGCUUCUGAUCAACUUCAUCUUUCUGUUCAACAUCGUCCGGAUUCUCAUGACGAAGCUCCGAGCCUCAACCACAUCAGAGACAAUCCAGUACAGAAAAGCUGUCAAAGCCACACUGGUGCUGCUGCCCUUGCUGGGAAUCACCUACAUGCUGUUCUUCGUCAACCCGGGGGAGGAUGAGAUCUCCAGGAUUGUCUUUAUCUACUUCAACUCCUUCCUGGAGUCCUUCCAGGGUUUCUUCGUCUCCGUCUUCUACUGCUUCCUGAACAGCGAGGUGCGAUCGGCGGUGCGGAAGCGGUGGCACCGAUGGCAGGACAAGCACUCCAUCCGCGCCCGUGUGGCUCGUGCCAUGUCCAUCCCCACCUCCCCGACCCGUGUCAGCUUCCACAGCAUCAAGCAGUCCACGGCCGUCUGAUGAGCGGGGAGCCAGCUGCCCAAGGCGACGGCAUCCCCGUGUCCCCCCCUGCGUGGGUUCCCCGGCACGACGUGGGAGCAGGGUGCACAAACUCACUGCAGCUGUGGGAAACCCUACGGAAGCUCCUGUCCUGCUUGCCAG